GGCGGUGGCGUCCUGGCCAGGCGCCAGUAGCCUUGGUUGUGGCGCCUGGGUGGGGCGCUGCCACCACGGCUCCUUCGCGAUCCGGCGACUUUGUUUACUUCCACCGCGAAACCGCCUCCGGUGCCGCCACUUCCCGUUUAUUAGCCAUAACAGUGUGUUUUAAGAUAAAAGUGUGUUUUUGAUGUUGAGGGCAAAAAUGUCAUUUUAUUUCAAAUUUGUGGGCUUUAUGUGGAAAUUUGCGGGCGAUGUUUAGCGUUUCACUAAGAAACGUCGUUCGUGUCACAACUUUUAUUUUUGAUUUUUUUUUUUUAAGUAUUGUUAUUAUAAGAGGCAAAAGGAGAAUGAAAAAGAAAGCAAUUGAAAAAGAGAUCAAGAACCAAGAGUGAGUGACUCAGAACAGCAGCAGCAGUUGAAGAAAGGAGAGAGAAAGAGGACUUAUGCAUCAUCAUCAUCUGCUUAAAGACUUAACAAAAAUACAAGUAGAAGCAGAAGCAGAAGCAGAAGCAGCAAUGGAUAUGGAUUCAUGGGCAUCAAAAGUUCAUACAUCUAGGCAUUUCUCUUCCCAUCUCAGCUCAGGAAAUAGAUUAGUGCUGGAUGAUUCAGAAGUAAAGGAUGAUGCAAGGGCUUAUUUCACUUGUCCAUUCUGUUAUAUCGACAUCGAACUCACUACACUUUGUGAUCAUCUACAAGGAGAACACUGCUUUGAUGUCAAGAAUGCGGUUUGCCCUGUGUGUGCACUGAAUCUGGGAAAAGAUGUUGUCGGGCAUUUUAAAACUCAUCAUAUGAGUUCUAUCAAGACUCGGAGAAGGUCUCAUAAGUCAGGAUUCUGGAACUUCUAUGCUGGAAGAAUGGCUGGUGGCUUGAGUGCAAAAGGUGGCACAGAAAAUGUGAAUGCUUUAACAUCCGAUCCACUUCUGUCUCCGUUUUUGUUUAACGUACCAUAUUCGGAAACUAAGGAUGAUCAAUCUCAAGAUAUGUGUUCUAUUGAUGAUCUCCCAUCCAUCCCAGAGAAAGAAAGGUUGUGGGAGUUCGGCAUUGGGCAUGUUUCUUGUUGAAAUAGUUAUGCCUUGAAGAAGCCAUUCUAUUAGCAAUUAGACCUAAAAAAUACUCAUAUAAAAUAAUGCAAGACGAAUACUACACUGUCAAAGUAGGAAAUAAUGAAGAUCAAAAGAAUAAAGAAUGAUGGUUGUCAUCUUAUAUCAUGAUCUUUAAUGCUUUGCAAGUCUACAACUGUAGUAUGUAUGCAUUUAUGAAUUCUAGCUACAUUGGUCUUGAAAACAUACAUCUCUGCUGUGGCUAAUAGGAGGAUAUAAUACAUAUGGUCUAUUUACUUGC